UUGUUAGUUUAUUUAUUUUCACGUGUUUGUUGGGAUUUUUUUUUAAUUAUUUGUAUGUGGGUUGUUAAUGAGUCAUUGCUAGUAGUUGUAACGGGUUAAAGCACAGUCUUAACUGUUUGUCAGAUCCAAACUCCUCUCUCAGGAGGGAAUAUUAAAGAAUAAACUGUACCACGCCAUUGUUUUGGGGAGAUCCAUUCAAAGUGUCACCCGUGGACAAAUACUGUUAAUUGUUGGUGCAUAAGAAGUCAAAAGUUAACAAACUGGAAAUGAGCAUAAUUAUGCUAAAAAAAGUGUUUGAGAAGUAUUGAUUUGAUUUGAAUCAAACGAUUUGCACUCUUUUCAGCUCGCCUGUUUGCACACAGCCUAAUGAAAGGUUUGAAAGGAAAAGUGGGUUUUUUUUGACAAAACACGGCCACUGGCCGGUGCGAAGUAAUCCCGUCUUAUGCUUAAUUAAUAAUAUGCAGGCUGCCAACAAUGAGGGAGAUGUGAGCAGGGAUGACCAAGCUGUGCAGUAUUUUCUCGUUUGGUUAUACAAGGGCACGUCGUUUUCCCCCUCCCCGCUAAAGUGUGGUGCUGGCGGAGGAGCGUGCCCUCUCCCCAGCACGGGGAAAGACCGACCCUUUUUUUACAGCCGCGCUUUCGGCCGCUAUUCGAUCCCGAGCGGCGACUGUCACCGGGACGGCGGGAGGGGAGCGGCGGUCGGCGCGCUGCGGAGCGGGGCCGCGGUGCGGGGCGCGGAGGGCGGGGGGCAGUCCGAGCGGGGGUCCGCGCCGCGGCAAAGCGCAGAUUUUGAAACCUGAGGGGUUUCGGAAGCAUGUUUGGGAAGCUCCCCGGGUGCCCCUGGAGCGUCCUCGGCCGGCGUACGGUAUCGGCGAGCAAGCGUCCGGGCACCGGAGCCUUUUUCGGACGGUAAACCGUGUCUGCAAAGCCCAGGGAUAGUUUUCAGCUUUCGUGAAAGUCUGUCUUAGGAGGAUGUGAUGUAAACUGAUUAAGCGAUAACUGCUUGCUUCUACAUUGGUGCAACAAAUAGCUAAAGAAGCAGAAAAUGUGCGAAAGAAAUGUCUGCUGCAAGGCUGCUGCAGAGAGGCCAACGAUGCGCUUACAGUUGCACCGUGAAUAAAUAAGUAUGAUUUAAGUUACUCUGCAGUUACAAACCAUUGUAAUUCGAAAGGACCAAAGUAUUCAUAAAUUGUGAUUGAAGAUGGAAACAAUGAUAAGGCUUAUUCAGUGAUUGGACACAGUCCUGCAGUUUUUUUGGCUGACACAUUUUUUAUUGUUUAUAUUUUGUUUGGCAUCUAAGUGUGAUUCACUUAGAUAUGGAUAUUUUCAGUAAGUAAACGUGAGCUGCAGUGGAUGAAAGCUGGAAAAAAGUGUAAUUGAGAUAUUUCUUCUUCGAAAGAGAAGCAUAGGAAGCAUUUUGUGUAACAGAGAUGAACACGCUUGCAGGUACACACAUAGAAAUAACUACUUAGCAUGGAAUCUGUGGUUAGCAAAAUUAAUUCUGUGUAGGCUGUCCACCGUGUGAAAUUAUUGGUGGGCAAUAAGACCUCUGCAUCAGAAUAUAAACCUGACAGUACAACUUAAGAAAGCAGUUUUUGCAUUUGAGACACAGGUUUUCACAACCACCUCUUUUACAGUGGUAAUUAAUGAUCUUGUUUCCUUCUCUAAUGACUUUUUAAAAAAUAAAUUUUCUUUUUGGACUCAUUGAUGUAAAGUUUUCUCAUUCUUUACAAAUUUGCGUUAAAAUACUGCACUCAGGUGUACAAAAAAAUGCUACAUUGUACUUCUACUGCCAUUAAUCCAAGAAAGCAGUUCCUGGCUUUUGUGCAUUGAUAGUUUAUCCAUAAUAUUUUACAAUCAUGUUCUACCAUGUGCCAUGUAGGGACAGUUCCCAUUUGGUGAUACAGACAUGAGACACAGUUGCAGCAAAUGGAUUUUAGUUUGGAAUCUUUUUCAACCUGCUUGGAAUGAUAAGAGAAGUUUAUAAAUGAUUUUUUUUUUCUCUAUAAAUUAAAAAUUAAAAUUACACCAGUAAUGAGAACUUAAACCUUGUUUUCUUUAUUUGUUUAAGGCAAAAGAUUGAUUUAUCUCACUUUGAGUAGAACUGCAUUAAAGCAUUACUGCCGCAAUUGUUCUCUCUAUUGUAUUCUCUGUCUCUGGGACUCUUGCAAUGCACAUUGACUGUGGUAGUAUAUGUUCAGAAGAAAAUAUUUUGGUAAAAGUAAACACAAAACACCUGUUUGGCUGGAACUACUUAUGAAAGUGGUAGUUCAGUUUGUGCUGAGAUGGAGCUGAAGCACUUUUUAAUAACAAGUCUAAAAUCCAAAGUACAGCUUUAAGACAAACCUUGUGGAUUUGACUGUUACCCAUCACUCUAUCACUAAAAAUUUGGUGGGUGAAAAUAACUCCAAGGUAGAAGAAAACUUAACAAAUGCAAUUUAAUUUUGCGCGCUCCCUCCCUCUCUUUCCCAUAUACCUCUUUCUCUAUGUUUUGGAAUGACUGGAAACUGCAUUUAUCUCUCCUGCUGAGGCAUGAAUAGGAUGCAGUUACUGCAUGCCUUUUAGUGCUGGCUCUCUUGCGAUAUUUUUGCCGUGGCUUAUUAUGUUACAGUAGUCCAAAAUCUCAGAAUAUGUAGUAUUUUCUUUUGCGCCUAUAUGUUACUUCACUAGGCAUGAGAAAAUCCAUGCAGGGAAGUUGAGUAGAUGAAGAUUUCUGUAUAAAAUUUCCAUAAUUCUGCCCAGUGUAUUUAUUGUAUAGUCCUCAAAUUGAGCUUUCAUGGGCUGCUAUAAAGUUUAAAAGUGAAAGAUAGGAGAAGAGCACUGCAUAUCCUCUUUAUCUUUUCAAUAAAGAAAACUUGGCCUACCUAUUGUUGUUAGAUGACCGCUAUUUUUUUCUUUAUUUACAAGCAACAUAAAUGUUGUACAGUAACUUCCAUUUUAAUUUAAAUUGCCACUGCACAAUGGUUCACCUUAGCUAUUUUAUAUGACAUUUGAGAAUCUUACCUUUAUAAAUCACUUCAUUGCAAGAGCAACUGUGGCACAUGAGCAAGUCCCACAGAAAAACAAAAAAAAAAUUCACUAUUGUCUAUGUGAAUAUUAAGGAGGAAAAAUAAAAUUCUGUUGAUAUCUUUUAAGGAGAAUUUGGAGAUUAAUUGAAAAUGUCAAUUUAGGAUCAUUUUUAUGGGCACUUCCCCAUGUCAAGUAGUAUUUUCAUUUGAAAAUACUCCAGGUGCACAAUGAAUAGCUCAAAAAAUCUGAUAAAAUUCCUUUCAAACAGGAUGUUCUUUGCUGUGUUUCUUCUCGACACUUGUCACCUAUAUGUAUAUCUUUAGAACUUAACAGUACUAUGAAAGAAAAACCUGAAUACAGUUUUUAAAAGGUUGGAGCUUCUGUUGCAUAUGUUUUUGUGGGUUUUUCCCUCCCUAUUUUUGAAAAGGAAACAUUCAGCUACUACAGACUGGAAUUUAAUUAGUGAAAUUCUCUAUAAAAUUUUCAUAGCUGUGAAGUGCUAUGGGUUAUUAUUGUUAAUACUAUAUGCAUUACUUCAAGGCAUAGUCAGUCUGAAAUAAUUUAAUAAUGUAAAAUGCUCUUCUUCAAAAUAAAAACUAGAUGUGCAAUAUUCUGCUAGUGUAGAAUAUGUCCAUGUUUAUUUUAUUGCCAUUUUAAGUUAUAAAUGCCAAAGUCUGUUUAGAUGUAGGAGAAAUCAUUGUAUUGAGGCAGAAAUUAAUUUCUCCCAAAGCUCUUCAGCCACCUGCCAUCACCCUACCUUUAGGCCCAGCUGUUAGAAUUUUCAAAAUCUGUAGUAUAUCUGUUUUAUUCAGCCUAAAAUGAAUUGUGAGGACUUAACACAGUACGGUCGUUAUGCUUCCACUAAUUAAAAAAAAAAAAAACCACUCAAUACUUCAAUUAAGAUGACUUCUGUAGGAGAAAAUAAACUUUCUUUAGUAGUUAUAAUUGAAAGGGAAAAAAGCGCGGCAUCAGAAAGCAUAUGAAGAUAGGGAAGUCUUAUCAUGGGCUGUGGUUGCUCAGAGCAGUACUGCCUUCCCACACAAAGAACAGAUUGUGGUUUAACUCUUUCCACGGCCUAGUUUUAUGUGCCAGUAUAGUAACAGAAUUGUUCAAAUCUCUGCUGGAAACUACUAAUCAGUUUAAUUGUUGCCUUUGUAGGUCUUUGUCAAGCAUCAUACUGUAAUGAAAUUGUUUAUGUCCUGAAAUAUCUUCCUAUAUUGCCUCUGUGUUCUUUUUUUCCUUUUUUGUCCUCCUUUUGUUUAAUUUGUUUUUUUUUUCCUAUGAAGAUAACAUGAUUAUAGGUGAACUGCUUGUAAAUUUUCUGUUGUUUGCUGUUUGAUUUAAGGAUAGUUAGAGAAGAGAGGUAACUAGAUCUAGUGGGUUUUGCAACAUUCAGGAAAUUUUGAAGUUUGUUUGAAAUUCAAAGAUUUAAAUAUGGAAUUCUUUGCCUGAAGCUUCUGCAAUGGGAUUCUGCACUCUAUAAUUGAGACCAUUAGUUAUACUUUCAUCAUUUUUACCUAAUGGAGUUAAUCCGCCUAUUGAUUAAACAUAAUUCAUUCCUUGUCUAGCAGCAUAACUAAAAUAGUAGUUUGUUAAUUGUAUUCUUGAAUAUAAUCGCAUAAAAAAAGGUUCAGUUUUAGUUUGAUUGCACUGUGCCACUAAGUAUGAUGAGCAAUCUGCGUGGUAUUUAAAACUAAAUAUCCCUACACACAGGAAGAAAGAUACCUCCCCUAAGUUCUCCCUUUCAACCCAAUAUAUAAUAACAUUAGAUAAGCAGAUUGCAGUGUUUUAAACAGCAGACUUGUUAAUGAAAAAUAAGUUUUUGGGGAAGGUCUAUUUAGAUAUUAACAUGGAUGUGUAGGAUGGUACUUUAAGCAGACAAAUGAAAUUAAUUCAAUUGCUAUAGGAUGUGCCUGUAGACAACAACUAAGCAUUACCUCCUUAAUGCAAUCCAUAUUGCUGCUAGGCAGAAGAUAAGAACUUGCAGGUGAAGCCAGACAACAGAAAGGGAUAUUUUGAAACUGUAAAUAAAUGACAUGGAUUUCACAAAAGCAGCAUUGGACCAGCGGUGGACCCAUAAUGUCUUUGCCACAGCAUGUAGAAACACAAAGAAUGCAAAGUUUGUGCCAAGUUGCCAUUUUUCACUGUACACCUCAGAUUGAUUUUUAAGGGGUUUGGAAUAAUUGCCACACUCAUGUGAUCAGUUAGCAAAUUAACUGACUCUGUGGGGCUUCAAAAUUCACAGUGGAACUGCUGGAAGGACAUAAAUGUAAUUUUUGUUCUCACCUUCAUAAAAUCUUAAUUUUACAGAGCUUUGGGGUGGAGAGAGGGAAGUGAGAAGACCUGAAAGUACAGAAGCUUCUGUUCAGGAUUUAUAUAUGACGUGUGUCUUUUGCCUGCUUUUCCUUACUGUAUACUGGUUUCUCUAGUUACCACCACUGGAAUGGUGCUGUUUCAGUGCUGGAAUGUUGGACGUUUGAUAAGAAAAUGGAUCAAGUUUAAUGGCGCAUGCUCUUUGUGCCACCAGCAGUCUCUUGCUGAGAGCAUGCUCCAAAAGCGGGAACUGUGUGGCAUUACACUGAGCAUGUAUAUGCUUUGUGUUUCUUUGCCACAGAGAAGAGAAAUGAACUGUGGCAUUUGCCUCAGCCUUCUGAACAUUUCUGCUCAGAUUUUUUAAAACCGUGCAGUGUUCUCUUUGUGCAAUGGAUGAAUUUCACCCGUUCAUUGAGGCACUUCUUCCACAUGUCCGUGCAAUUGCCUAUACUUGGUUCAAUCUUCAGGCUCGAAAACGCAAGUACUUUAAAAAACAUGAGAAACGAAUGUCAAAGGAUGAGGAAAGAGCAGUCAAGGAUGAGCUACUUAGUGAAAAGCCUGAAAUUAAACAGAAGUGGGCAUCCAGGCUCCUGGCAAAGCUGCGCAAAGAUAUUCGCCAAGAGUUCCGGGAGGAUUUUGUGCUCACAGUUACUGGGAAGAAGCACCCAUGCUGUGUAUUGUCCAAUCCUGACCAGAAGGGCAAGAUUAGGAGAAUUGAUUGCCUGCGACAGGCUGACAAAGUCUGGCGUCUGGAUCUAGUCAUGGUGAUCCUGUUCAAAGGCAUCCCCUUGGAAAGUACGGAUGGAGAACGUCUCAUGAAAUCCCCACAUUGCACAAAUCCAGCACUUUGCGUCCAGCCACAUCACAUAACAGUAUCAGUCAAGGAGCUUGAUUUGUUUUUGGCAUACUACGUGCAGGAGCAAGAUUCUGGACAACCAGGAAGUCCAAGCCACAAUGAUCCUGCCAAGAAUCCACCAGUGUACCUUGAGGACAGUUUUGUGAAAUCCGGAGUAUUCAAUGUGUCAGAACUUGUGAGGGUGUCAAGAACACCCAUAACCCAAGGAAGUGGAGUAAACUUCCCAAUUGGAGAGCUUCCGAGCCAACCAUAUUACCAUGAUAUGAAUUCGGGUGUAAAUCUACAGAGGUCCUUGUCCUCUCCACCAAGCAGCAAAAGACCCAAAACUAUCUCCAUAGAUGAAAAUAUGGAGCCAAGCCCCACAGGAGACUUCUAUCCUUCUCCAAAUUCACCAGCGGCAGGAAGUAGGACAUGGCAUGAAAGAGAUCAAGAUAUGUCUUCUCCUACAAUGAAGAAACCUGAAAAGCCUUUGUUUAGUCCUACUUCUCCCCAGGAUUCUUCAUCAAGACUGAGCACUUUUCCCCAACAUCACCACCCAGGAAUCCCAGGAGUUGCACACAGUGUCAUCUCAACUAGAACUCCACCUCCACCUUCACCACUGCCAUUUCCAGCACAAGCUAUUCUCCCUCCUGCCCCAUCUAGCUACUUCUCUCAUCCUACGAUCAGAUAUCCUCCCCACCUGAAUCCUCAGGAUACUCUGAAGAACUACGUACCUUCUUACGACCCGUCCAGCCCGCAGACUAGCCAGCCUAACAGCAGUGGUCAAGUAGUAGGGAAAAUGCCUGGCCAUUUUACUCCAGUUUUGGCACCCUCUCCCCAUCACAGUGCGGUGCGACCUGUGACCCUGACCAUGACAGAUACUAAACCCAUCACUACAUCCACUGAAGGUGAGGCAUCUUCACCUACAGCAACCACCUACACAGCCUCAGGCACAUCCCAAGCCAAUCGAUAUGUGGGACUAAGCCCAAGAGACCCAUCCUUCCUACACCAGCAACAGCUGAGAAUUUGUGACUGGACCAUGAAUCAAAACGGCAGGCAUUUAUACCCCAGUGCCAGUGAGGAUACAUUGGGAAUUACUUGGCAAAGUCCUGGUACCUGGGCUAGCUUGGUUCCUUUCCAAGUAUCAAAUAGGACACCGAUCCUGCCGACAAAUGUCCCAAAUUAUGGUUUGAACAUAAUUGGAGAGCCUUUCCUUCAAGCAGAAACAAGCAACUGAGGGAAAAAAAUUAAAAGCAAAAUUAAAAAAAAAAAAAAAAAAAACGGAAAAAGAAAAGAAGACAGUAUGAGAAAAGAACCUGAAGAAAGAAGAACAAAAAUAAACCAGCAAUUGCAGCUCUUACAAUCACCAAUUCUCUUAUGGUUGAAACUGAAAUGAUGUACAAAGGGUCGAUGAUAUUUCACUGAUGAGUAGAAUGCAGCUCCUCCUAAGUAGCCUUUGUUAUAUGAAGUCCGCUGGGAAAUAGAUGUUCUGUCUCUGACAAUAUAUUUUAACUGACUUUCUAGAUGCCUUAAUAUUUGCAUGAUAAGCUAGUUCUGUUGGUUUAGUAUUCUUGUUGUUUACGCAUGAGAUCACUAUUCCUGGUUAUCUCACAAAACAAAGGCUAGGCAGCAACAGCAGAGCGAGCUGCAGGAGGACAAGGGCCGUGAGCCAGCCAUUUUCUCAACAGUCUGAUUUCUAAAUGUUUAAAAAUAAGCUCUGUAGCCUUUAGUUAUCAGUAUGGAUUUAUUAAACUUUGGCCCUUAAUUCAGCCCUUUUCUAGUGUGUUAUGCAGUUUGAAAUUUUCAAUCAGUAUGAACACACAGGCUCUAUGGAAGAAAUGCCUCUACGCAGGUAAAAGUGUUAUCUUCUCAUGCAACAGUAAAAAAAGAAAAGGAAAAAAGUGACGUUUUCCCCAGUAAACAAACACUUACAGAGGCAAGUGCAAUUUUAAAAUCAUAUCUAAGAGGUCAUCACUAUAAGUCCUUCAGCCCUUGGACUCUAAAUUGAGGGGAUUAAAAAUAAAAAUAAAAAAUUACUUUGAACAAACUUACUUUUCCCCUCAGUUUUUGAGGGCAUUAAAAGGCAUUAAGUCAAGACAAAUCACGUCCUUGAGAAUAAGAAAUCAAUGGAAACACAGCACUUAUGUUGGUUUAGCUGCUGCCUCCACAGAGGGGUAGGAUUUAUUUAUUUAAAGUUACUUGUUGCAUCAAGAACCCAUAGGGUUUACAUGUUUCUGUAAAAUCUACAUCAUAGAGACAAAGACAUAGGCAAAUCCAUGUCACAAGGGCAAAGCUUACCGUUUACAAACUGGUAAUACCAGGAUGGGGAUAUGUUGUAUUUAAAUAAUGCACUCUUAAUGUAAGUCUAAUUACAGGGUGCUGUAAACUUGCAUGGUGCUUUCAGAAGUUAGCCUUGUUCAACAAUUUUCACAUAUUGACAGAAAUAUAAUGUGCAUGGGCAGACUUUUGCCUCUAUGUCUCUUUAAAAAUUUAAAAUACUCUUUCCAGUAAUCCUAAUUUGCACGAAGAUAUAAUGUCCACAUUACGUGCCUUGCCUUGAAAUCUAAAAAAUGGAAAAAAAGAAAAAAAAAGAAAAAAACUACAAAAAAAUUGACAUCACUACACUUGUUUUGCUGCAUUUAUUAUAAUUUUAAAUCUUUACCAUUUUUAUGACAAAAUAUUUUGUACUCCAGAUGCGAAAAAUGUGUGACAUCAUGGAUUUUUUAGACAGUUAUACCUUUAUCUCACAUUUAUAGAGCAUAUCAUGGCUGUGUAUAGUUGCUGCUUAAGAAUUGUAAUCGACCAGCAAUAUUUUCAGUAUUUUGGUGUUUUUUCUAUUAACCUUUCAUGUUUUUCAUCUUCCAAUUAAUAUUGGGGGGAGGGGAUACAAAUUUAUACGAAUUAUGCAAUACCAAGUUUUGCCUAUGUAGGUAGUGCUUUUAGCUGUAUUGGUUAUUAUAGGUAAGUACACAGAUUUAAAAAAAAAUAAUGUAUGCUUUUUUUGUUUGUUUUAAUUGACCAAAGUGGGUACUGCUAUUUUUGCAGUGUGAUGAGGUCCUUUUCUGUACUGAGAGGUGGACAGGGGAUUUUUUUUUAUACAUACAUAUAUAUAUAUUCUGGGGUGGGGGGGGAGGAUUUUUAACACUUUACAGUGUAGCUGUGAAGCAGUGCACCCUUAGCCAGGCAAGGGCUGCAAAGCAACUGUUCUGCCUACUGUGACAAACUUUCAAAUAGGUUCCCUCUUUUUAACUUCCCACCUGGGGUGCAAGCUGAAAUCAUUUCUGGAUUCAAAAAAAUAAAUAAUGAAUUCUGUUGGAGGCAGACUUGACUUGAGGAAAUUGUUUUACAUCAAGGUUUUUUUCAUGAAAAAGAGAGACAGGCAGAGAAAGAGAUCAAGACCCACAGUGAGAUGAAGCCUUUUCCAUUCUGGCAAAUAUAAUACAUCCUGAAGUGUUCAUGUUAGAAAAUGUUUUUAGCUCAGAAUGACAAAGACAUUUACUUUGUCUAGGUAAUGCAAGUACAGGGCCAAAAUCUUUGCUGGCUAAUUCCACUGACUCCAGUGGGCUCUGGAGCUGCUCAAACAGAGAAUUUGCCCCCCCUUAUUCUGCUUGACUUUUUUCCUGUACAUAAUUUUUUUUUAUAUUCCACUCCCCUCUGGCCCCUCCAAGUUUCCUAAUUCAGCAUUUGAAUUACAAUAUUCAGCAUGGUUGGGCUAUAUCAGAAGUUUGCAGUCUUCUCAUAGAGAUCAGAUGGAGACCUCUGGGGUGUAGUGGAGAAGGAGUUUUUUUAUGCAAGGAAUUAGACCAUGGUGGAAAUAAAAGUGUAUCUCCAGUAAAAUCCCAUUUUGCAGACCAGUAAUGGGCCUGUUGCUGGUGAUCUCUUACACACAGGGAAUCUUUGCAAUGUAUGGCUCAACAUGGGGUGAAAUUUUUUUAAAGUACAGUCUUCUACUAGGGUGAAAGUGGAGGAGUGUAUAGUCAAGCGGAUGGCAAAAUUCAUCUCUUUGCAGUUGUCUCUGUGUUUUGGAGGUUUUCCUACCCUGGAGCAGUCCCAGAGACACAGCUCCAGCAGCAGCCACCCCAAUGAGCCCUGGUCAGGGGGGUACCACCGUCAGUCCCUUCUGGCUCCAGCCAGAAGAGCAGUAGUGGUGCCACUUCCCCGUGUCUCUGUAGCCAGAGCUUGAAUGGUUACGGAAAUAGGAAUUGUAUGAAAAUAAACCUUUGAGAUUUAGCUAAACUGGGGGAAAAAAAAGAAAAAAUAAAGAAACAGAUAAGACGCAGACACAAAAAUAAAUAUGAGGUUCUUUGGUUCUCUUUCAGAACCCUUCAGUAAGUCAAUUUGUUUGCUAAGCACACGGCAAAGUCUGCUAGACCCAAGCCCAGUGUGCCUCAGGCCCUGGCCCUAGCCCUGGUGUUGUCCUUUACACCUGUCGUGAUACAGAGCAGUCUGGGAGCAGAGCUGUGCUGAGGGCAUAUCCUUGAUUAGAUCCAUUAAUAAGGUGUUCCCUGGAAGCUUUUAAUACCACUUUGGGACAAAACUGGAACAAGUUCAGGCUUCAACAUGAAAUAUCCAGAAUGGUAAUUGCCUUUUGUAGGAAGAAAGAUGCCCUUAACAGACCUUUUUUUUUUUUUUUUUUUUUUUUUUUUUUUUUUUUUUUUUUUUUAUCUGGCCUUCUGUAUGAAAAAAAUCUGAGUUUAACGAUGCAAUUUUUUAGAGAAGUAAGCUCCUUCUUUAAACUGGAUUAUUCAGCAGCUGGGGGUAUGUCACCUGCCUCUCUGAUAGAAAAGCCUGCUUGGAAGAUAAUGAACUUUUCAUUUACUGUAUGCUUGGUUUUAGUUUGGCUUUGUUGCUUGGGUGUUUUUUAAGCUCAUCAGUCAAAAGAUUAAGAUAAGAUUGAGAACUCAAAUCCAGUCUCUGGCCUCCUCCUUCACCAGGAAGUGUAUUCUGACUAAAUUGAGCCACCCCGUUCUAUGUGCACUGUUCUGCCUUUAUUAAGUUGCUUUGCAGCCCUGGCCUCAUGGCUGUGCCACUGAAGUGUGUUUCCCCUGGAGUGACAUGAACGCUUGAGGCUUGACUAAGGAAAAAAAAGGCAGUGAAGGAGACUGUACAUAAAGACAUGGCAAAAAUAUUAAUUAUAGCAAUAUAGUUGUGGGGUGAUGUUCAGGUGGGCAGCUCCAUUGAAAAUAUGUGAAAGAGUUUGUGAAGCUGCAAGUAGCAAGAAGAAAGGAUGAUCUUCUGACUAAACCGCCUACCUUGUAGACAGUAAUUUGUACACUGUAUAGUUUUGUUAAGAAUUUUUUUUAAUUAAAAUACCCUUGUUUGUAAAGCUAACUUUUUAACAAUUAUGAUGGAAAUGCAUUUCCAUUUUUAAACAAGAAUAUUCUUUGUUUAGAAACUGGACUUGGGUUAAAACUCUCCAGUUUCUUAAUUUAUGUAUUAAAAAAAAAUCUGUCCAUGUUAGGAGUUAUUUCGCAUAUUCCUGUGCUUGAAAAGCAUAGGUUACUAAUUCUUUAAAAAUGUAAAUGGAGAAAAUUAUAUUUUAUGAAGGUUAUUUUGUUGUAUUUAGUAUUGGAAAAGUUGGUUUUCAGAGCAUUUCAAAAUGUUGGAAGCACCACUGUCUUUUUUAUUAGUAUAUAUGGCCUUUAGCAAAAGUUUUUGUGAUUGUUACAUGAUGGUAUUUAAGAUUAGGUUCACAGAGCUAUUCAGGAUAGGAAGAGAGCUAAAACAGUACUUAAGUCUCACACAGCUGUGUCCUCAGGGAGCAGAAUUUUGGAUUUGCAACUUGUAGCUUCAUAAGGACUUAAUGAAAGAGAUUGCACAAAGACAUCUGUGACAUCUGUGUUCUGUACCUAAACCUAAAUUAUAUGUACUGUGUGAGAUUGUGAAGGCUGCAGAAAGUUAUCCCAUAUUCAGUGUACAGUUUUCACUUUUAAUGAAAAAACUCUCUAACGUUGCUGGCAGUAAGGCCCCAAGCAUGACAUCCUUUAUGUUUUACAUGAUCCUGUCAAGGUCUUUUGUUAACGUUAACCAGCUGUAUGCUCCUGUUUCUUUUAAUUGGGUUUCUAUAGAAAACUUUAGGGAAAAAAAAAGAGUAAAAUCCCAUGCCAGCUAAUCAAGUUAAACAGGAAAGGCUCAAAGCUGAAUGUUCUUCUCCAUGCUGAAGGAGCCGAAAACCACCUCCCUCUUAUUUGCACUUUCUGCUAGUUCCCCAGUUUUAUUGAUUCCUCAAAAUUGUGUGGGUGUGGUGGAGCACUGCAGUUGGAGGAUAACAUGGACCACUGAUUUUGCCCUUUAACCCUGCACAAUGACCUUUGCAUCAGCCAAACUUAUUGCCAUGACAACU